AUUGUUGCACGAGUGUCUGAGAGACAAACUUUUCAGGACUAAAGAAUCAAACGAAGAAACUUACAGGACUAAAGUACCAUUAACAUAUCAGCUUACCCACACAUAAAUAACAUUAACGUUAUCCUACGUUGUCUUGUCGAAUAUCUCAGCCCUUCGUUUUUCCCUCCAAUCUCUCAAUGACUAGCACUUGCAACAACCCCCUCAUCUCCUCUUCCUUCCUUCUCCAACCUCUCAAAUCAUCAAGAUUUCCAAAUGUAUCCAUUUUCUUGCCCAAAAUUUCAAACCCCAUUUCCUCAAAUCGAUGCAUUCAGAUGAACUCAAGCAAUAAAGAAUCCAUGGAGUCGAGGAAUCCAACACAGAGAAGAAGCACAAGUCCAAGAAAAUUCAAACCCAGACAUGGAACUUCAAGGAGAUCAAUUCUGAAGAAAAGUUUAAGUCAAGAACAAGUUAAUUUUACUAAACCUGUUAAUGAGGAUCCUGUUGUUGGGAUUAUUGGAGGUGGCAUGUCUGGUCUUACCUGUGCUCUUUACUUGGAGAAAAGAGGCAUUCGUUCUACCGUUUUCGACACGGGAAUGCAUGGGUUGGGAGGAAGAAUGGGAACAAGAAUGAUUGAUCAUCAGCCUUUGAUAUUUGACCAUGCAGCUCAAUUCUUCACGGUGACCAACCCCAAGUUUGCUGAGCUAGUUGAUGACUGGUCGAAGAGAGGUUUGGUUCGUGAAUGGCAGGGUACAAUUGGUGAGCUUGAAGUUGGUGGGAAUUUUGUACCAUUUCCUUCUUCCCCUCCCAAAUAUAUAGGGGUCAAUGGGAUGCGUCCACUUGCGGAUUCAUUACUAUCUCAGACUUCUUUGGUCAGUGUUGUACGGCCUUGUUGGGUUAGUGGGCUUGAACCAUUUAAUGGGACGUGGCACUUGAGUGAGAAGGGGAAGCCUUGUGGGCAGUUUGAUGCAAUUGUCAUUGCACAUAAUGGAAAAUGUGCAAAUAGAUUGCUUGCGUCAUCAGGCUUACCUCUCAUUGCAAGACAAAUGAAGAGACUUGAACUCAGUUCUAUAUGGGCUCUUCUUGCUGCAUUUGAGGAUCCUCUGCCUACUGCACUAAAUGCAGAUUCCCUUCCCUUUGAAGGGGCUUUUGUAAAAGGUGUUGAAUCUGUCUCAUGGAUGGCAAACAACACUAAGAAGCUCUUAGGUUCAGAUAGUGGUCCACAAUGUUGGACAUUUUUCAGCACUGCAACCUAUGCAAAGCAGAACAAAGUCCCCCAGGAAAGCAUUCCAACUGUUACGGCAGAGAAAGUGAAGGAAGCUAUGCUUGAGGAUGUUGAGAAGGCUCUAGGACUGUCAAAAAGUUCACUCCAAAGGCCAUUUUAUACCAAAUUACAACUAUGGGGUGCAGCUCUUCCAACCAAUACUCCUGGAAUUCCAUGCAUCUUUGAUCCUCGUGGAAGAGCUGGUAUAUGCGGUGAUUGGCUACUUGGCUCAAGUUUAGAAGCUGCAUCUAUAAGUGGCAUAGCUCUUGCUGAUCAAAUUGCAGAUUACUUCGAACAAGGUGGACCUUGCUCAGAUGAGUUUGCUGUUGGUUUGCACGACGAAUAUAAGCCACUUGAAGGACAUGAUAUAGGGCAGUUCCCAGGACUGGAAUCUGCUGAUCAAACCAUAAAUGCCCCAGCUUUGACGCUCACUACAUGAAUUGAUCCCGUGACAAAGUUUUCUGAAAAUUAUUUGGUUAAAGCAAGUGAACAAAUUCAGACACACUAUCAGAACAAGCAAUCUGAAAUGCUGGUUAUAGACAUACUUGGGCUAAAAUCAUGUUCGCCAGCAGAUCAUGAAAGAGGUUCCAACUCAAUUCCAGAUAGUCGAGCUCGCGUUGGACCUUCAUCUUUCGGUUGAAGAGGAAAGCACUCAGAAGUCAAGCCGUGAUAUCAUUUGAAUCUCAGUUGGUGAUCAAGUUUAUUAAACCUUGAACUAUUAAUUCCACAAUUCAGUAAGAAAAUUCUGCAACUUGAAUAGGCAGUGUGGUAGAGAUGUACAAUAACUAUGAGUACAUACAGAUGGUUUAGUAGGAACCCAAAAAGAUGAUGAUUAGUAAGUAGGUAGUUUUAAAGGAAAAUAAUCUUCAUAAUUCUGUGUUUUGGUCAUAAAAGAACUGCCAUCGUUAUGAAGGUUGUGAAUGUAGUGUGUUAGUACCAGUCUUGUUAAAGGAA